AUGAAUGGAAAAUAUAGUUUAUCGAAACGGUCGAGAAGUUUAGACGAUUCUCUGACGAGUACUUCGACUUCUUUGGAUGAUUUGCUGAGGAAUUCAUUGCCAAUAGCCUUAACCGAAAGGCAGACAAAUACCGUGCGAAAGAGAUUUAAUACAUUGCGCUCAACAAUCAUCAAACAAAAGGCACACAAUAAAAGAGGUCAAGAAGUGGUCCAAAUCGUUAAUAGUAAACAGCGUCCGGAUGUGAGAUCACUGUUCAACAACUCCGACAACGCUGACAGCACUCGUGUCCAACCAAUUAUUAUCACUGAUAACGAGAUAACAGAAAGGGAUGGAUUGGGUUUGUCGUCGUCUCCGAACACAUUGAAUGUACCGCCGAUUCCUGUGCCACGAAGGGGUUCAUCACCUGAUCUCCAGAAGAUGUCUACGGGAAGAGAGAGGACACACUCGACACCACCCGAACCCGACUUGGAUAACGAUUUCAUGAAAUACAAAACUAAACCAAAUUAUCUGAAUAUAAGUAAGUCUACGACUAAUCUGAAGAAGGAGUCGUCCAGUCGUUUCAGUUGGUCCGGCUAUAAGAAGGCCUUCAGACUUGUCAGCGAUCGUAGGAAUUCUCACACAGCGCUCGACACCGAUAACUCCGGCACUGGGAUUGAAGCGUUGAGUUUGAAAUACAAUUCUAGUCUCAGAGGACUCGAAGGAAAUAAUAUGGAAAAGAAUAUAAAACCAUUGCUCGACACAUAUGGCAGUGAUUUCUUCGCUUCCGAUCACAUCACAGCUCAGGGAUUAGGCAUUGAAGUGGUUAUGAAUCCUCAAACUCAAUACACACCUCAUAUCGUAACUGUAAGUCUA